GUGAAAUAAUAUUUGUUUCAUUGGUAACACUGCUGAAUAUGUUGUGGUACAUGGAAUGUAUGUUGUAGCGUACGGUAUUGGUUGUUAUGGCAGCAUUACUUAAUAAUCACAUGUUUUGAUUUCUGGAAAUAGUAUUUAUGUGUCAUGUGAGACGGCGACCCGGGAAUAAAAAUGGUGACUUUCAUUCAUCGUGAAACUGCUGAUCAAUAAAGUGUUUCAAAUUCGAAUAUUUGCUGGCCUGCUAACCUAGUACAGAUCUGACCAAAAUCAUGGAUGCACGAGUAAUUAUAUUUGAAGCACUUUCAGGUGUUCAUUGACCGGAUACAGUUCCUCGCACUAAAGUUUCCCUUUCAACACUACAUUGCCCUGUUCACGACGCAGUUACAAGACGUACCGGGAAAUUACCGUGGUGGACGUGCAAUUGUUUAUGAUUAAGGGCACGACAAUUGAAAACAACGUGUGAACUGACAACGUUGUUCAAUUGUUUCGAGAACAGUGAAUGUGUUUGUGAAGUGAAGUUUAAGAUAGUCGCUACUUCGUGUUCGCGUGUUGGUGUUCUAUUGUUCGGAGUAGAUCUCGACCGCUAGUGGGGAUUAUGUAAUGGUUGCCAGUCGAAGGUCAGGACGUUGGCAUAUCGCAGCUGUAAUAUAACAAACAGCACCACGAGGCCUUCAGUCAGAGCAGCGCCACCAGUAUGAACCAAUCCCCUGUUCACAUUCCGUUGACUAUCUCAGAAGAUAAACUGAUUGAUGGAUCUGUGACGGUUCUCAGUAUCAUUCGACCUACGUGGGCCAAGGAAAAAGUUAAUUUCAAGGUCUUUACAGAUGGGAUCACCAACAAGCUGCUGGGUUGUUUCCACGAAGAAUACCCAGAAGAUGUCGUUCUCGUCAGAGUGUACGGGCAUAAGACGGACCUGCUCAUAGACCGGAACGCAGAAACUCGUAAUAUCCAGCUUCUGCACAAUGCUGGCUACGCUCCCCGUCUGUACGCCACGUUCUGCAAUGGGUUGGCGUAUGAAUACGUCCCAGGAGUGAUCCUCAAUACCACGUCGUGCCGGGAUGCUGACGUCUUCCCGCUAGUGGCCAGAAUGAUGGCUCUCAUGCACAAAGUGAGUAAUGGGGAUGCAGUGUCGAAGGAGCCCAGCGUCUGGCUGAAGAUCCAGCAGUUCCUGGACAUCAUGCCGCAUAGGUUCCAGGAUCCCGAGAAACAAGCCAGGUUCGUGGAUCUGAUUCCCCCUAAGAGCAAGUUGGAGGCGGAGUAUGCGAAGCUCAAGGCGGAGCUGAGCAGUGUCGGCAGUCCAAUUGUGUUCUGCCACAAUGAUCUGCUGCUGGCAAAUAUCAUUUACCACACCAAGAAGAACACCGUCACCUUCAUUGAUUACGAAUAUUCCAACUACAACUAUCAGGCCUUUGACAUUGGCAACCACUUUGCGGAGUUCGCUGGCGUGACAGACGUAGAUUACGCAGCGUAUCCUUCACAAGAAUUCCAGCGCCAGUGGCUACGAGUUUAUCUGGAGACAUUCCACGGCAGCACCACGGACACUUCUCUCGGCGAAGAUGCGAGUGAUGCUGUAACUGAGCAUAGUAUUAGUUGCCUUUACGUGCAAGUAAAUAAAUUUUCUCUGGCGUCGCAUUUCCUCUGGGCAAUAUGGGCCCUCAUACAAGCUGAACAUUCCACCAUUGACUUCGACUUCCUAGGGUAUGCUGAUAUUCGCCUUAAGGAAUACUUCGCGAAGAAGGACCGUUUUCUGUCACUUACUGUCGAAAGUUUAUGAUAAUUAGUUACGUCUAUAAUACUAUUUUUUCCUAUUUUGAAGAAAUUAUACAUAAUUAUUUUGUAUUUACUGCAUAGAAUCUCACGUAAUAUAAAUGUUCUGUUACUAUUUAUAAUAAUUUAAACCGCAGAAUAAAUACAUUAUCAUAUUAA